UUAGAAAAGAUGCUUCAAAAUUCUAUAAAUCAAGAGAAUUAUAUAGAUUAUUUAGAAAAACAGUUAGCAAUUUUUCAGAAUGAAAUAGACAAGCUUAAUAAAAAAAUUAUUGAUUUGUAUAGCUUUAGCAAUACUAUAGCACAACCACCAGGAUCACCCAGAUUAUCUCUAUCUGAAAAUCAAGCCAUGAUCCAAAAUAAUAGGAUUCACUCAGUUACAAUAGCUCCCACAAUAAAUGGUAUUGUAGAUUAUCUUAAUAUAAUUUCUGAUGCUAGCAAUAAGUUUAAAAAAUUGAUACUAGAUAUAUUUUCACAAGCAAAUAUUCAUGCAAUUAAUGCAGAAAAUCAAGUAGCAAAUUUGCAAACCCAGUUAGCUAAUUUACAAACCCAGUUAGCCAAUUCCCAGACUCAGUUUGUUGAUUCUCAAAACCAACGAAUUACAAUUCGUGCACAAAAAAGACAAAUAUCAGAAUCACUUUUAGAAAAAUUUGCAUUAAGAUUCAAAAACAAACAAACUUAUCAGCAACUACAAGAUUGCAAGACAGAUGGUGCAAAUUUAAGACAUGGUGCUGUAGGCCAGGCUGAAAAUAUUGUUAUUCCUGCUCAUACAGUAUUUGAUGAAGACUGGUCUUUUGCCGAUAGGUGCCCAACUGAUCGCAUUGUAAAUCUACCCAAUGCUAAUGGUAGUCAAUCUAUAGUAGCAGAUAGAAUUCGACUUGGGCAGGCAAUAUACUGGCUUAAAACUAACUAUCUCACAGUUACUGCAGAAAAACAGUGA